UUGCAAGCAUUUGGAAGGAUACCUUCCCCAUGGAGAACAUGGACCCCUCUGCCAGGCAUUUUGCUGUUGUAUUUCUCCUGCUUGGACUAGUCAGCGCCUCCAGCCAGAAUAACAUCAUCACAUGGUGUACAGUGACUGAUGCAGAAGAGCAUAAAUGUCUGGAUCUGGCAGGGAACGCUACAGCCAGGAACCUCCGUGGAAAACUACAGUGCACGCGGGGCCUGAGCCCCACCGACUGCAUGCUCAAAAUCAAGAAUGGAUCAGCAGACGCUGCUUCCAUGUACCCUGAUGAGAUCUACACCGCUGGAUUCUGCUAUGGACUUGAACUGGCUGCAGGCGAGUCCUUAAAUGGCGAGGAUGGCAUCAACUACUACGUGGUUGCCCUGGCGCGGCGCUCCUCCAGCGACCUGUCUCUGCUGGAGAUGCACGAGCGCAGCUCCUGUCAUCCCGGCAUCCGCACCACGGUGGGCUGGACCGUGCCCAUCGGCUUCCUGGUCAACACCUCACAGAUCAGUGUGGACGAGCAGUGCAACUUCCCCCACGCGGUGGGGGAUUUCUUCGGGUACAGCUGCGUUCCAGGAGUGAAGGACCCAGAGCAUGACCCCAGGGGGAACAAUCCCAAGAACCUUUGCGAGGCAUGCAUUGGAGAUGAGAAUGACCGACACAUCUGUGUCAACAACCCUCGGGAGCGCCACUUCGGGGAGGCUGGGGCACUCAGAUGUGUGGCAGAGAAUCUCGGGGACGUGGCCUUUGUCAAACACACUACGGUCUUUGAUAACAUGCACGGCAGAAACCAGGAGUCCUGGGCCUUGGACCUGGAGUUGGAGGACUUGAAGCUGCUGUGCCCAGAUGGCAACGAGGCCUCCCCGUUUGAGCACAAGCUAUGCCACCUGGCCGUGGUGCCCACCAACGCAGUGGUGGUACGCGCAGAGGACAAGUGUCGCGUCUACAAGUUCCUGGAACGCGUGCAGAAUGCCUUUGGCAAUGCCACACAGGGUUUUUCUCUGUUCAGCUCGGCGGCGUAUGGAGCGGCGAACGUGCUGUUCAGCGACGCCACCCAGAAGCUUCUGCGGGUGGUGGGCAGCUACACGUCAUGGCUGGGCCCCAGCUACACCACGGUGCUGCAGGCGUUUGAGUGUGAAGGGCUGUGUUGACUGACCGCAGAAUUCUCCAAACCCUUCUCCGUCCUCCAACCACCACCAUCACCACACCCUCACCCCUCCUCCUCCACCGUCGCCCCUCCACCCUGCCCCUGCUCUCCUCCUUUCUUUCUCUCCAUCUCCGCUAAUCCUCAGCAGCCUGCUUAAUGGGCUGCUGUCUCUUCGUAUGUGUGGGCCCAACGCCACCUCUCUCCCUCCGGCUGCACAGCUCUUGUUUCUAGUCCGUUAGUCUUUUUUUUCUGUUUGUGGCUUUGGCAUCUCCUCUUUCUCUGUGACUUACUGUGACAGACUAGCUGUGCCGCUCACGAGCUGUUUGCGCCCCCUCAUGCCCCAAUCGGCAGCCCUCUCUGUGCCUCGCUCUCACGAUUAGAAAAAGGAGAUCACUAUGUCUCAGACAGGAGUCUCACACACACACACACCUCGAAAAGGGAUUAAGAAUCUAUUACUCCAUCCACAAUUUGGCCAACCUGCACUUUUUUAAAUCUGUGCAACUCAACACCCGUCAAUGGUUGUGGUGUCCCUACCGAGUCCAAGGAGAAUGGAUGCUUUUACAUCUCACCUUUCCAUUUACAGGACCCAGUGGGUGGCAUGAAUGUGUUUCUUAAGGGGCUACUGAAAUGAAAGCUUUAAAGUGAGGCUUUUGAUUGGAAACUGAUAAAAAAAAAAAUCCCGACAGUUAAAAGUCAUUAGAAAACUAUGGAACCAAAUAUGGUUGUUCCAUUUUUUGUAUAACUUCUCUGUUAUCCAAAAAAUGGCAACAUGUUAAGUUGACAAAAUAUUGUUCCAAAUUAAUCUGUAAGCGUUAUACAUUCAUUCAAUACACUGAAACACAAUUUACAUUUGACACAAACCUUUAAGAUUAGCCUCCAGUCCUAAGCCAUCCAGCUGUGUUCCUGAGAAAUCAGUGGAUCAGCAUGGAUGCGGCUUAGAAUUGCCCCUAAUUUACAUUCAGUUGUUCAACUCUUCAAUUCUUCAAUCCUAUAAUUCGCCUUGAGUUCUUUGUUGAAAGAUAAAGGUAUGUUAUAUCAAAGUAUUGGUUCUCUCUCCCCCCCCCCCCCCCCCCCCCGCCCCCCUUAAGAAUAGUAUUUGCUUGAAACACAUGUUUUAGCGUUUUGGCUUGCUGUCUGGUGUUGGAUGUUUGAUUUUCUUUCAGAGUAAGUUAGUAGAGUCUCAUUACAGAUCACCUGAAAUUGACAGCUCAAACUCCUCAUCCCCUUAUACUUCCUGUGAAACCCUGAGCAGCUCUUCUCCCUGGAGGAUGUUCUCUGUAGACAGGAUUUGAUGUAUUUGAGAUGUUGUCGAUGCAACAAACUAGGUGCUUUAAGGGUGCUCUCUCCGAACGUUUUCAGGGCUGUUCACAUCACACUGUAUUGACUGACUUGAACAAUGCCUUUGUGUAAAUAUUCUUGCUUUGAAUUCACAGCACAACC